AUGUCACUUGUUAGGACUCGUCCUAUUGAUACGUUGCAACGUAUCAUAUUAUCGUUUAAGCAAUUUGAGAAAAAGCUGGAUCAGCUUCAAGACGAUGUGACUUUUCAUGGUCACACAUUAUCUGAACUCCGAGUUAUGAUUGCAAAUCUUUCUAAUACUAACCCGGAAAAAAAGAUAAAUGACGUCCAGAAACUGCCAUCGAAGACUCCGACACCAGCUGAAGACAACAUACACGGAACAGGUAUGAAACGUAAAAGUUCGAUGCAACCCUCGCCUUCAAGGGCUACAAGAAAGAACUAUCAAUCCCCAAAGUUUAGCAUGAAGCACUCUAAGGAACCAUACGAACUGCCUAAAAUAAAUACUUCACCCACCAUACGCGCCUUGAAACGCAGCUCUAGGCAGAGAAAAGCCGAGGCUCCGAGAAAAGCUACCACGUUAAGACCUAAAGAAACUAAAAAACUACGUAAGAAAAGUCCACAGAAAUCUGUUUGA